AUGACUCCAGCAUCUGCACGUGACGCGGCGGUCGCGCCCGGGCACUCUGAUCGUGAUUUGCUGCGUCGCCUUGUGGUGGUAGCGGGGCCCAGUUGGCCCAUUGGAGCAGUCAGCAGGUUAGUUGGCUUGGUUUCGGCGGCUGUGAUUGGGCGGCACCUGGACGAAGCAGCCCUGGCAGCAAUCGGCCUGGGCAACGUCAUCACCAACAUCACCGGCUUCUCCGCUCUUUGGGGUCUGUCUGCCGGCAUCUCGACGCUGAGCUCUCAGGACUGGGGUGCCGGCAACUUCAAGGCUGUUGGCAUCACGCUGCAGCGAGCUUUCCUUAUCCUGCUUUGUGUCGUCGACCUUCCCCUGUUGCUUGUUUGGCUGACCUCUGCGAAACUGCUGGUGGCCGCGGGCCAGCAUCCGGAUGUGGCGCACUACGUGGGCGUGUACAGCAGUGUGAGGACUCCGGGCUUGAUCUUCAUGUCCGCCAACUGUGUCCUUAGCCGCACUCUCUCUGCCCUUAGCAAUGUCCAGAUAAAUCUCUGGAUGAGCAUCAGCGCAGCCCUGCUGAACGUUUGCCUCAGCUUGGUGCUCAUCCCUGCCUUGGGCUUCGUCGGGGCACCGAUUACCGCGUGCAUUUGCGACGCCUACGAAAGCCUUGGUAUACUCCUUCUGGCGUCCCGGAACCCCGACUUCCGCAAAUGCUGGGGAGGCUUCACACGUGAGGCCUUCAGCUUCUGGGGCUCGUACAUGCGCAUCUCCUGCCCAGCUAUGAUGCUCAGUUGCAUUGAGUGGUGGACGUGGGAUCUCAUGUCUUUCCUUGCAGGCUUUAUCAGUGAGCUGGCACAAGCGGUUCAAUCUGUGGCGCCCGCAGUUGGCGACUUGCAGUAUUGCAUGGGCCAAGCCAUGGGAAAUGCAGCCAGCACCGUGGUGGGCAACAUGCUGGGUGAAGGCAGUCAUAGAGCUGCCAAGCGGGCGGCUCGUCUGUUGAUGGUCCUUGCCGUCGUCAUCAUGCUGGUGCAGCUGGUUGCCUUCCUUAUUCUUCGAACACAUGUGGCGAGGCUCUUCACAAGGAAAGAUGACAUUCUGGCAGGAAUUGUGGAGCUCUUGCCUUUUUCCCUGGCUUUCAGCUUCAUGGACAGCCUCCAGGCUGUCAUGUGUGGCGUACUGCAAGGUGCUGGGAAGCAAGACCUUGGAGCACGCAUCGUUUUCGUCUGCUACUGGCUGGUUGGGGUCCCGCUUGGGCUGGCCCUCGCCUUCGGUGCUUUUGGCAUUCGACUUGGGCUCCAGGGGCUCUGGAUUGGGAUGAUUGUGGCGGUUUUUGGUCAUGUCCUGCUCUUCUCAAUUGCGGUGGCCAACCUGAACUGGGAGAGCAUCGGGGAGCAGGUUGCGGGACGCAUCGCAGAGGGUGGAGCUCCUGGCGUCAGCUUGAUUGACGUCUGUCGAGAUGGCGAGACGCCUCCUCACGUCCCGACAUCUGCGGCUUAG